AAUGAGCCGGGCGGCGGCGGCGCGGCGCGGAGCCACCACGGCCGCGGCGAUCGUGGCCGCCCCCGGCACCACGUAGGAGGCCCCCGCCCGCCCGUCCGCCCGCCCAGCGGCGGCCAGGCCUGAGCGGAGCCCGCGGCUCGCUGCCCGAGCCCUGCGCGUCGCCUCCCGGGCGGAGGAGGAGGCGGAGGCGGAGCGGAGGCGCCGCCUUCCCCGCGCCGCGCUCUCGCCGUUGUCUGCGCCCCGCUCUGGACCAGUUUGGGGAAGUUGCCGUGGCCCGGCGUCGCCCAGAUGUGCGACCUCAUUGAAGCACAGCCGGCCGAGAAGAUCGGCAAGAUGAAGAAGUUGCGGAGAACUUUGUCGGAGAGUUUCAGUCGCAUCGCUUUGAAGAAAGACGACACCACCUUUGAUGAGAUAUGUGUCACAAAGAUGUCUACACGGAACUGCCAGGGAAUGGACUCAGUGAUCAAACCCCUGGACACAAUUCCUGAGGAUAAGAAAGUCAGGGUCCAGAGGACACAGAGCACUUUUGACCCAUUUGAGAAACCGACUAAUCAAGUAAAGAGGGUGCACUCGGAGAACAAUGCUUGCAUUAACUUUAAGACCUCCUCCACUGGCAAAGAGUCUCCUAAAGUUAGGCGGCACUCCAGCCCCAGCUCGCCUACAAGUCCCAAAUUUGGAAAAGCUGACUCGUACGAAAAACUGGAAAAACUAGGGGAAGGAUCUUAUGCUACAGUAUACAAAGGGAAAAGCAAGGUAAAUGGGAAGUUGGUAGCCCUGAAGGUGAUCAGGCUGCAAGAAGAAGAAGGUACACCUUUUACAGCUAUCAGGGAAGCCUCUCUGUUGAAAGGACUAAAGCAUGCUAACAUAGUGUUGCUUCAUGACAUCAUCCACACCAAGGAGACGCUGACGCUUGUGUUUGAAUAUGUGCACACUGAUUUAUGUCAGUACAUGGACAAGCACCCUGGGGGACUGCAUCCAGAUAAUGUGAAGUUGUUUUUAUUUCAGUUGCUGCGAGGGCUGUCUUACAUCCACCAGCGUUAUAUUUUGCACAGAGACCUGAAACCACAGAACCUUCUGAUCAGUGACACGGGGGAGUUAAAGCUGGCAGAUUUCGGUCUUGCAAGAGCAAAAUCGGUCCCUAGCCACACGUACUCCAAUGAAGUGGUUACCUUAUGGUACCGACCUCCAGAUGUCCUCCUGGGCUCAACAGAGUAUUCUACCUGCCUGGACAUGUGGGGAGUUGGUUGCAUCUUUGUUGAAAUGAUCCAAGGAGUCGCUGCUUUUCCAGGAAUGAAAGACAUUCAGGAUCAACUUGAACGCAUAUUUCUGGUUCUUGGAACGCCAAAUGAGGACACUUGGCCUGGAGUUCACUCUUUACCACAUUUUAAGCCAGAACGCUUUACCGUGUACAGCUCUAAACACCUUAGACAAGCCUGGAAUAAGCUCAGCUAUGUGAAUUAUGCAGAGGAUCUGGCCUCCAAACUCCUACAAUGUUCCCCAAAGAACAGACUAUCAGCACAGGCUGCCUUGAGCCACGAAUAUUUUAGUGACCUGCCCCCACGGCUAUGGGAACUGACUGAUAUGUCUUCUAUUUUUACCGUCCCAAAUGUAAGAUUGCAGCCAGAAUCUGGAGAAAGCAUGCGGGCCUUUGGGAAAAACAAUAGUUAUGGCAAAAGUCUAUCAAACAGCAAGCACUGAUGAGCACAGCGCUCUCAAGAGAGCACAGGAUUAAGUUGUCAUCAUUCUGGGAAGAAAAAAAAACCAUUAAUGAAGUGGCCAAUCAGAGGAAGGGAAUCAUGGAUCAGUUUCCUCUCACUCCCUGUGGUGGAUUUCACUUACAAGAAAAUUGAAGCUGGCAAGACCCUGCUUUCUCUGCAAUUUAUUUAAAACCUUGCACGCAUUUGGAUAUCUUGUGAUUCCCAAGAACUAUGUGAAGAUUAAGCUUCGCUUACUGAUCCAUGGCAUGUAUUCUUUUCAGUCUUUUGUGUUUGAUUUUGUUUGAUUUCCCUCAGCAGCGCAGCGUCUCUGUGAAGGUUUUUAUGCUUUUACCAACCAUGUCUUAAAUACAUUAAGACAACACAUCUGGUGUUCACACUUCUUCAGUAAUAUCUGUACUUGAAAGCCACACAGUGGCAUGAAACAAUGUGCGCUUUCCUGGAGACCACUGCACAUUUUGCAACCACCAGGAACGUCAUGUUCAGCUAAAGCAAACCCAUGUUCUCUGACUGUUUGGCAACUUGGUCCCUGGCUGUGGGGCCCCCUUGUCGCCUACCUUUUGAGGACAUUUCCCAGUUUGGGGUUUUUUUCUUGGAAACACCACACAUUUAUAUAAGAUAUCAGAACCUGCUUAGCGUUUUCAAGCCACAUAGCAUGACUGUUUUCCAAAUAGGUUGGAAGUGAAGAACCAAGUAUCAAGCUUUAAGGACAAAGGACAGGGAUAAAUUGCUUCCUUUUCAACCUCUGGAGCUGGAGGUGACUUUUUACCUGUGUCCUGGGUCUCGUCAACAUCUUAUUGUUUCCAUGCACUCUUUGGCACGUGGUGUUUUCUUAGUGGAGAAAAGAGUGAGGAACAGAGCGUUCAAAACUUGGGUGCACGGAGUCGGAUCGGCUGCAUGAGCCCUGAAAGCCAUCUUUGCUAGUUAACACUUAAUAAGCAAGCGACAAAGGGAUCCAGAGUUAAAAACUGGCUCAUUUACAUCAGAGCACCUGUAAAUUACAUUUUGAAAACAUUCCAAGCUGACUGGAAGCCAUCCUUGGAGACCCUGACUUUACACUGUCUCCUGGGGAAAAAACUGUUUGAAUGAAGGUUUUAGAAGCAAUACAGGACUCAUGCUUUAAGGAUGGGAAAGGGGAACAGAAAGGCCUGGCUCCCCCUGUUGAAGGAGUUGAGAGACCUUGGAGGAUGAAGGCGAGGAUGUGACAUGGAGGGAAAAGUGGGUUGGGCGUUUGUGGUGCUUUGAUCUGGAGGGGAAGCUCUCUGAUGGAGGCCGUCUCCCAGGGGGACAGGCCUCACUGCAGAGUCCCAGAUAAUCCUCAGGCCAAGGGGGUGGUUAGGAAAUUCAUCGAAAGCAUGAAACCUAGCUCCUCAGGACACAAAUUCCUAUGGAAAUACUUCCUGUACAUUGUGUUACAUUUUCCUAUUAGUCAGAAAGAAGGAGAGACCAGGAACUUGAAAUGCAUUGCACUUUGGGGGACCAAGUCUAGGAAUUGUGAGCCAGUUUGACAAAGACUUUCUCUGAGAGUCAGGUAAGAGAAAGCUUUUCUAAUAGUCACACCCAGUAUACCUAGGGAAUGGGACCCAGACUUCCUAAACAUUAAAAUGGUACCGUCCCUGGAGUGACAUGUGAGUAUAUAAUACAGUCAAGGUCACAAUCCAUUGUAUCUAGAAGUAGCAUUCACUGUGAGCUUCUACAUGUUAAUUGAGGAAUUAUUUACUGGUUGGUGUUAAAGAGAAUAAAAGUUACCUGAGGCUAGAGUAUUUGCUACCUAGAAAGCUUUCCCACUCUUCUUUCAUGCAUUCCAACUCAUUAGUAGUCUUUACAGGUAUUUUGAUUUGUGUAUUUAAAUUAGGACUUCUUACAGAAAAUAUGGAGAAGAAAACUUACGUGCAAUUAAAAAACAGCCUUGCCUGUGAUUUGUCUUGAAUUAUUCAUUUGGGGGAGAGGCUUAACUUUUGUAUUUUACUAAGUUAAAACCGAGAGCAACUGAUGAUUAAAUCUUACUAUGUACUAAGCUUUCUAACUUGAAAAUUUGAAAAUAUUUAGUGUUAAAAUUCUUUAAUUAGGCAUAGUAGAGUCAUUCAGAGAUAUUGCCCCUGUCCCAGCCAGCUUCUAUUGGGGAAAGGAAACACGCUAGUACUCAGCAGGGGUAAAUCCGUUUUAUUGCUGGAGACAGACCUCUCAGAAGAUCUUGUUUAGGAACUUUUAGUUCCCCCUCCUUGCCAUCAGUACAGAACAUCCAAAGUUUGGUUUGUCUCUCCCACCUUUCCUCUCACAUUUGCAAUCAUGUUCUCCCCCCUCACCCCAGCCCUUUUAUCCCCACUGUCUCUAGCUGAGGGCAGCCACGAAAAUCAUUGCAGAAUGCGUUCAUUAGCAGAUUUAUUAUUCCAUUGAGAAAGCACUGGAAUGUUUUGUGAGAUUAUUUUUAUAGGAAGGAGUAGCUUGAAUUCAAACAGCUGGACCAGCAUGGGGACUGUAUACACACAGUAUUCCAAAAGGAAACGCAGGACUUCGUGUCCAUGUUCUUAAAGGAGCAGUGUGGUUGACUUAACAAUACAAGUUAGGUAGAACAUGGGGGGGGGGGGGAUGUUUGCAGUGCUCAGAAACAAUGGGGUAUAAAGCAGGAUGGCUGUCCACCCACUGAAACAAGUGAGAAGCUAUUUCUACCUCGAAAGAGUGAUGAGAAAAGUUCCAGGGGCGCCUCCUCCAGGCUUGCAGAGAAAGCAAGGCCUCUGGGCAUCCUUCCCUCAGUGUGUCCAUGACAACCAGUGUCAUCAAUGCCCUCAGUCAUGUGUCUCUAUCAGAUAAUCAUCUGUGAAUAUUACUGGUUUUGUAAUCUUUGUUAUAUAAGAGGAAGUUUAGGCUGUACAUACUGGGGUAGAUUAUUGCCUGCCCCCUAUACAUAGGAAUAUGCUGCAUAAUUGUGCAUAACUUCUAUCCCCUUUACUGGCUUGUAGGCAGAAGAAACCACAUAUGUUACUGCCUUGCAGUCCUCAUACACCAAAACCAAACAACAACAAAAAAGAAAAAAAAAAAUCUCAAACAAAAUCAGCAAUCUCCUAUUCUCAUUCCCUUCCCACAGCAGCAUAUUUUAGAGGCACAAAUAAAAUCUACAUUCUCUA